CAGCGGUGGUCGUGGCGGAGGCCGCACCGCGCAUGCGCCUGACGCCAUCUUGGCUGCCUCGUGCGCACGGCCGUGUAUCGUGCAACAACAAUAAUAUUAGGAAUCAUCAAUGUAUUCGGAUUGUAUGCAAGAAUAUGUACAAUGAGUGAGCCCAGCUCAGAUGGAAGCCCUGGAAGGCAGAGGCGGUCCACAGAAAGGAGCAGAGAGAACAUCCGAGAAUACGUCAAGCUCCUGAGUCGGAAAGUGACCGGGUCGCCCUCUGGUCACCGAACCCCAAGACUCCUUAGGGAGGUCAAAAUGUCAGAUGGGGGUUCAGGUCACAAGUCCAAGCCAGAGGGUGACACCUCUACCUCCCCAGCUCACACAAAAUUGUCCAGUAAGAACCAGGAAAGUGCAAAAGAGAAGCAACUCAAGAAGGGCAUUACGCAAACCAAGAAAACAAUGAAAUCCAAGAAGAAUUCUGGGUCAGCUAGUGUAUCAGUUUCUGGAAAAGCUGAAGUGGGUGUAAAGGCCGAAGAUAAAGAUGAGGCUGAAAAGUCAGGUGUUUUAACAAAAGCUAAUACAUCUAAGGAAAAAUUAACAAUGCCAGUACUGAAAAGUGCAAGAACUCAAGAUAGGGAUAUCGAGCCUUCAACCAGCAAGGAUGUUAGUAAAUCAGAGAGUGCAGAUAACUCUGUGGAGAAUGAAUCUGACAUAGACAGUAUUAGUUGCUUUGAAGAUUUUGAUAAGUUAGACACCAGGGAAGAAAUGCAAUCCCAACAAAAGACCAUGGAAAGAAAUAAAGUUUCAACACCAGAAGUAAGUAGCAAAAGGUCCACUCCCAAGUCAGGACCUGGUGUGGACUGCAAAAGUGAUUCACCACCUGACCUCAUCCUCUUCCUGAAAGAAGGCAGAGGGAGAGCGCAGAAUUACAGUGAGCCUCCUACUCUUGAGUCUGAAACUAUUGCUACCAGGAGACGGACACGUGUGCCUGCUGAUCCUAAAACUAUUGACAUAAGUAAAAAGAUAAAUGCAUCUCAACCAAAAGGAAAGAAAGAUGUCAAAGCUGUCCAGAAAAAAGAGAGUAAAAGAGAAAAAUUAAAAGUAUUAGAAACACCAGAAUCCUUAAAGAGAUUAGCCCAGGGACUCCCGUUAAAGGACCAGAGCAAGUCUCCAGUCUUGGUCAAACAGGAAACACCAAAGACAUCUGUUGAAGUUAAACUAAAGAAGCGAAUUAUGCUUAAGAAUAUAGUAGGAGAUAAGAUCCUUAAACAGGAGAGAACUUCCACCCCAGUGAGUGAGGAGGAUGGCUCUGAAAGUGAGGAUGGCAGGAGGCGAAGAGGGAGAAGAAGAGGUCACAGCAGUGAGUCCACCUCUUCCAUUGAUGAAUCACAGCUCUCUCCAGUUAAAAUGCCGCAGGGUAUUCAAGUUGAUCAUGAAGCAUCAGUAGAUUACUUGAAUCUUGAUUCUGUGUUACAGAAAGUACCUGAUAACAUGGCAAGUGAUAAGAUACCCAUUGUCAUUAUGUCAAAUUCUGAUCAAGAAGACAAACCUUCCAAAGCAAUGCCAAAGAGUCGCAAAUCUCGGAACUUUCUUGAAGAUAAAGCCAAAACCCGAGCUUUCAUGAAAUUGGCUUCAUCAUCCAGUGAAAACUCUCUGGAGAGCAAGGAGGAACUUAUGACUUGUAUAGAAGACAAAGAAACCACAGAAAUGGCAGGUUCAUGUUCACAAAAAAAUGUCAGAACAGAAACAGUAACAUCAAAGAGUAAAGGUACUAGAAAAACACAAAAAACAGAUAUUAGUAAGGGUUCAGAUGUCCUUCCAAAUGAAAAAGACCCUUCUGUAAAAGAAAAGAAUAUUACAGAGACAAGGAGCAUGGAUUCCAAAUUAGAUUCAAGAGAUAGUAAAGAGUCAGAGGUUAGUGAAGGAAGCAAACAUCUACUGAAAUCUAAUGAGGCAUUUAAACUUAGCACUUCACUCCCAGUGAAAGGCGAGAAGGAACAAGCCGCAAAGGGAUCCCCUUUGAUGGUUAGAGUAUCAGAUAUUAUUUCAUUUACUAUGGCAAGCAAAAGUCAGAAGCCAGGUUUGGCUGGGGGAAAAUUCAAUAUUAGAAUGCAGAAUACUGAAUUAAGUUCCUUGACUGGUAGAGUCAAGACUGCUGAAUCGGGAUCAAGUAUGAAAACCAUCCUGCUUAAGGGAGAUAAAGCUAGUGUUCUACCCAAAGCUUUUAUCAAAGUCGGUGAGAUAUCUGGACAAGAUCAUUUUCUCAUUCCCGGUAAUUCCCUGGGUCAAAAGUAUCCAGUAAUAGAUUACACAGACAUUGAAACUCAAGAAGUGGUGGUUGGAGGAGAGCUGGAAGAUCCAAGUUCUCAAUCAAUGAUGGUUGGUCAUCUUCCAGAGGAGAUGGAUUUGAUGGCAAAUGAAGAGCUAGGAUCCAGUAGUGAAGAGGAGAGAACAAAGUCUCCUGAACCCCAGUGUUCUACAAAGAAAGAAGCUCUCUCCCCAGAAGGAAAGGUAGCUUUAGAUCACUCUUAUUCAUCAGGUAGUAGUGAAGGAGGGAAGGUGGUCAGCACCUCUAAAAAGAAGUCAUUGCCAGCUUCAUGUGAUAAACCUCUCACUUCACGACCUGUGUACAGUAGUGCAAGCUUAGCCAAAAGAUCAUUAGAUAUAAUGUUGCAUAAUGACAAGAUCAAUAUACUAAGGCAAAUGAGCCAGAUAUUUAAUGAUGAAAAACCAGUUCAGCCUGAGAAGGGUCAGUCAGUAUCCAGUUCAGAAGGUGAAGGGGACGAAGACAUAAGCAUUGCAAAAGCUAGAGAUGAAUUUAAAGCAAAAGAAAAAGCAAGUGAGAUAAAGAAAGAAGACAAGCAUUACACAGAGAGUUCUGUAGAGAAAGACAAACAAACAAGUAAAAGUUCUAACCAGAAAUAUUUGCAAAAGAAGUCUGCAUCCUUAAGUAGUAACCUGAUACCUCCUCCAUCAUCUAUGAGGAAGGGUCAUUUGGAAGGGUGUCAAGAAAAAAGGCAGGUCGAGGAAGUGAAAGUGCCAAGUAAAAAACAGGAGACAGAACAAGCUCCUCACUGUCAGCGUGAAAUUGGGAAUUCUAGUAAGAAAGAGGCUUUUGCAAUGCUUAUGUCUUCGUCCCCUUCACCUUCUGAACUGGAUACUGACUGA